CAAUCAGUGGCAGAUUGUGUCAUGUUUCGGUCGUCUCGUCCUCGGCUCCAGGAGUCGUCUUAGUUUACCUUUGUUUACCGUGGUCCAGGCUCCACCAGUCUACGUAGUUUACUGCGGGUCACACAUUACAGGUCGACAUUACUUACCGGGGUCCAGGCUUCACUGUUUGCUUUGGUUUACCGCUGUCCAGGCUUGACUGUUUGCCUUGGUUUACUGCGGUCCAGGAUUUACUAUUUGUCUUGGUUUACUGCGGUCCAGGCUUCACUGUUUACCUUGGUUUAAGCGGUCCAGUCUACGGUGGACUUGGUUUACCACAGUAAAGGCUACAGUGGUUUCUGUGUUUUACUGUGAUCCAAGCUGCAUAGGCUGCCAUGGUUUAAUGUGGUGCAGGCCGCUCUGGUUGCCAUAGUUUACAACAGUCCAGGGUGCUCUGGCCGCCUUAGUUUACCAUGAUCCAGGGUGUUUUGGUCGCCUCAUUUUAUCACGGUCCUGGGUACUCUGGUUGCCAUAGUUAACCAGAAGCCAGGCUGUUCGGGUCACCUUCGUUUACCACAGACACCCAACGUAACACCAAUAUUCAUGGCUUGGAGGCUCGUGUAGAGGGAAGCUAAUAGUAGAUUAGGCAAGAUGUGGAGUUUUGAGGGCGACUAUCGUCGUAAACCACAGCAGAGGUUGGGCGGUGCCAGCAAAACACGGAAUAUAGAACGUACAGAGCUUCUCAGUCAGCUCAAAUCUGACAGAGAGGAACGAGAGAGACAGCGAAAGAGAGAAGCUGCUGCUCUUACUAUUCAGUCAUGGACACGGGGAAUGUUGAGUCAGAAACGAACAAAACAAGGUCUUCGACAACGGUGUGAUAGUGAACUAGCACUAGCUAAGGUUCAGGGAAUAUCUGAAGCUUCAACUAUAAGAUUAAUUGCCUUACUUAUUAGAAUAUUUAAUCCAAAAGAAGACUGUGAAAGAUUGCUUGUGACUUGUCAAUUGGUUGUACGAGAACAACGUCAACUUGCAGAAUGGAUAUGCGGCUCUUUACCCCGCUGGAUGUAUCUUGUACCUCGACUGGCUAAUAUGGCUCUCCAAGUUGUCGCUCACUCCCAGGAUGGAGUAUCCCCCGUGCCUCAUGCUCCGCCCCUGCGAUUGUUGGAGAUCAUCCUGGCUCCGGCCAGCUGGUCCACAACACUCUCACAUCCCGAUCAACAACUUUUUCUGUCUACACUCUACCUACACUUAAUUAAUGGAGGCUAUUAUCAUCAAAUGGUUCACUUGUUAGUAACUCGUGUCCCCGAGGUGUACGAAACUACUGAGGUUCCUCCAACGCCACUUGCGGAUUCAUUACUCAACCUACUGAUGAAGCCCCUUACAUUUGCCUGUGCUGUCAAUGACUCAACACUAUUGUCUUCUGUGAUACAAGAGCUGUGCCAAGAUGUGUUUGGUGGGGCGACCCACAGUCAGAUCUGCAACUUUGUCAUUCCGUGUCUAGCAUCGAGUGUUAACUAUAAGUUACCCAUGGACAGGAUAGUUGCAGUCUUGGGAAGUCGGUCGUUAAAGUUCCUUGACUCUUGUCCCGCGCCGCCUUUACUCUACUCUCUCCUCAUGCUUGUGCACUCCAGUGCUGAAUUUCAUGAUGCAAAUACCUUGUGCAACUACCUACAAGCAAUUAGUGAACUUUUAGGUGGCGCUACCUCUUACCUAGUUAGUGAUGUAAGUGAAGUUGAUUCUGAUGAUGAAGACGAAGACAUGAUGGAUUCGUCAAAACCAGCUGAUCCUGUUUUAUGUAAGCUAGCAGAAGAGUGUGUGUCUGUGGUGAACAGCACGGAGCACGUCGGAUGGUUACUAAGUCACGUGGAGCGUCAGGUUUCUCCCGAAGUGUUGCUUCAUUUCUCCCGCCUAACUCACCACCUCUUAACAGCUCCAUCUCUUCAGCUGCAUCAGUGCAGAUUACUGUACAGUGUUGUUGCCCGCCGUCAGCUGUUGCGAUCUAUGUGGAUGGUGUUAUCUAGUCUACAACAGGGAGCUCCAUUACCAGGGAGCAUAAAUUUGAUGACUUCAAGUUUUGGUGUGCGAGGAGCGCCAUUAUUGCAGGUGUUAGCUCGGGGCUCUCCCCUGGCUCCAUAUGAACGAGAUACCCUAGUUCCUCUCCUAGCUACGUUUUGUGCUACGCUCACAGCUGUUCUCUCCACACUCCAUGACUCUGAAUUUUUAGGAGAUCAAGAUGAGACAGGAGGGCAUCGAAACUCAAAAUCCUCUCAAAACCAGUUACCAUUUUCUGUGGAGGAGCUUGUGAAAAUGUCAGCAAGUCUACGGGAUGUUUGUGUUGGGCUUGUUGAGCUGGCACACCCAGACAUGAGGAUGUCGGCCAUCACGGACACCUCCUACAAGACCAUGUGGGCUCAUUGUUUCAAGGUGUGUGUUGGAGUGGUGCGCCAGAUACAUCUUCGUGACACACGACGUAUGUUCUGUCCUGAAGGUCACUGGUUAAGUUCUCGCGUAUCAUUACCAAUGGGUAACUGCCAGACUGUAGCAUUUGUUCCGCGCACUAGUCGUAGACAGAGGCGGUUGUUCAUGCCUCAGAGAUGGCUUACCAGAGAUGAAUUAGAAACGGAGGGUCCACCCCUGUCCAUCACAGAGCAGCGUCGAGCUACUAUUUUACAGGAACUUCCAUUUGUUAUUCCCUUUGAGUCCCGCACCCAAGUCUUCAGCACCUUAGUUGCCAGUAACAGAAGCAUGAGUCAGAUGCGUGCAGAUUUCAAUGAAGGACCAAUGAUAAGUGUAUCCAUAAGAAGAACUCAUAUUUAUGAAGAUGCCUUUGAUAAACUAUCCCCUAGUAAUGAACCCAAUCUCCGAUUGCGCAUGAGAGUUCGUCUCAUGAAUGCUGUAGGUUUAGACGAAGUUGGUAUAGAUGGAGGCGGAAUUUUCCGAGAGUUUUUGUCUGAAUUGUUGAAGACGGCUUUCGACCCAACUCGAGGAUUCUUUCUUCUAACCAGAGAGAAUACUCUUUACCCAAACCCUGGGGCACAUCAUAUAGCAGAAGAUUACCAGACACACUAUUAUUUCAUCGGAAGAAUGUUGGGGAAGGCGUUGUAUGAAAAUUUGCUAGUGGAAGUCCCAUUAGCUGGAUAUUUUGUGUCCAAGCUUUUGGGUCGAUCAUCAUCAUCCGUCGAGUUCCAUCAUCUAGAUUCCCUUGACCCCGAGCUUUGUCGUAACCUGCUGUACCUUAAGACCUACCAAGGAGAUGUCCAGGAUCUUGGAUUGGAUUUCACAGUUCUCAACUCUGAUCUUGGCCAGAACACAAUUGAAGAACUAAUUCCUAAUGGUUCGAAUGUAGCAGUUACAAAUGAAAAUCGGAUCGAAUACAUCUAUCGGAUGGCUGACUACAAACUUAACAAACAAAUUGCAAAGCAAAGUCAAGCCUUCAAGAAAGGAGUAGCAGAUGUCGUACCCCUAGAGUGGCUGCAGAUGUUUGACUGGAGAGAACUUCAGAUGCUGAUUUCUGGAGCUUCCGUCCCAAUUGACAUAGUAGACCUCAUGGAUAAUACCAGAUACGGUGGAACAUACAACGCUGAGCACCCAACCAUACAGAUAUUCUGGCAAGUCCUCAGGGGAUUCGAUGAAACGCAGAAACGACAACUUCUUAAAUUUGUGACCAGUUGUUCUCGUCCUCCUCUUCUGGGCUUUAAGGAGUUGCAACCAGCCUUCUGUAUCCAGCCUUCAGGCUCUGAAGAUCGCCUUCCCACAGCCUCCACGUGUAUGAAUCUUCUCAAACUUCCUGAAUACAAAACUGAACAUUCAUUGAGGGACAAACUCCUUUAUGCUAUAACAUCUGGCUCAGGUUUUGAGCUUUCUUAAGAU